AUGGCGUCUAAUUCCCCGAUGCCACCCGAGCCUUACCUCACAGGGAGAACAUCAGCCCUUAAAUUGGAGGAGAUUGUUAACAUUCUGAGGAGUCCAGAUGAGAGCAAGACCAUCCAGACACCCCCCUCCACACCCCAGGGAGGGGAGGUGUACCUAUAUAAGAUUCCCUCGGGCAUGAGAGAAGAUAUCUGGAAGGACGACAACUAUCACUUUAGAAGUGAUGGAACCCGGAAGCAGCCUGGCUCAAGUCCAGUCAUAGUGAAGCAGUACCACAAGGCUUACACCGAGGACAAGACAACAACAAGGGCCUUUGUCAGAGAAGCAUCGUAUCUGUACAACCAGCCUCUGAAACACGUCCUAGUGCAAUAUAUCGGGGACCACACACAAGCACAGCCUGCUCCUCAACGCAAGAAGCGUGGUCAACAGACAGUUAAUUCUUCAGGUGAUAGUAAAUGUAGAAAAGUAGAAUCAACUGGUGGAGCUGUGCAGUCGGGCGUCACGGAGAACACUAACUCCAACCUGGACCCUGAAGAUCAUUCAUCACCGACAAAAUUGGAAGACAGUGGUAAAUCACUGGUAACACUGAAUGAAGCAAAGGUGUCAGAGACUGAAACAAAGAAUGAUCAUGACACAAAUCACAAACGCAGCACGACAGGAGAUCAUAGAAGUGAUGAUGACAUAGAAUAUUUGGGUACAACGUCAGGCUCCCCUGUCAAGAAACCUCGUUGGCAGUCUCAAGUUGAAAAUGACAACACAGUUGUAACCUGUGUCACUAACACACCCUACACUAAUCUGUACACAUUUCUUGAAGGCGUAGAAAGAAAUCGUGAUGUGAUCAAGGUCGUGCAACAAGUCCUAGCAUUAUCUAGGUUCUGGAACAAGGACUGUACCAACAAAGGCAAUCCGUGCUUGUCACUCAUUGAAGAGGUCGACAAGAACUGGAAUCUAGAUGCAAUCAAAGCAAGAAACUGGGUUAAAUGUUCUGUAAAUACUGACGUGCUGAGCUUGAACCAAGACCGGUCAGUUUACAUAAACCUCAUCGCAGCAGUGCUUGUUGGAGCAUGCCAUACCAGGACUGAAGUACAGGACUUUAUGAAAACACUGAAGGAUCCUCCUUCACACCUGCAGCAUGUACAAGAGGACGCCCCCCUGACACGUGACUGUACAUACACAGUUGGCUGCUACACCAUCAGAGGAGAUAUUCUGUCUCGCCUGGAAACCAACGAGUGGCUGACAGAUGAAAUCAUGGACACAUACCUGCACCUCCUGGAGGGAGAGUGGUGUUCCCGUGUCAGCUUCCACUGCCUGGUGCUGCCUACAGAGACAAUCAUACUGUGGGAGGCAGGACAGUACACAGACAGGAUAAGGGGGAAAGAUGAAAAUCUGACAAACUACACGUGGAUCUUAAUGCCAGUGAACAUGCCACGUAAUCAACAUUGGGUGCUACUGGUGGCUAAUGUCAGGGAUGGAACAGUUUGCGUGGUUAAUUCUAAAGCCUCCUUAGAUGUGGAGGACAAAGUUGUAGAACACUGGAGGCUCUUUGUAAACCACUUGAAAUCUACGUCUAAGGAAGGGAGCAAGUCAUGGAUGAAGAAACAGUACCCAGUGAUAGAACAGUCUGAUGGACACAGCUGUGGGAUAUUCGUUCUGAUGGCUGCUGAUGCAAUUUUGUCGGAGACGUCUCCAGGCAUCAUGAGGAACUGUCACGUUGAGAAAUACAGGCUGUAUGUGCUUCAGAGGAUACUACAGUAUGCCAAGGACAAGGGAGAUAUGCAAGGUGGAGGAAAUCACAUCAUGGCAGUUGAUGUACAGAGUAAUGUCACAAACGAAAUUCAAACUGUAACACUGGAGACAAGAAAUGUACUGGAAAAUAGCUGUACAAUGACAACAGAACAAGGAGGUCCAACUAUUCAUGAAGAGGAUGGACAUGAAACACAUGAAGGAACCGACUGUGCUAUCGCCAGUGAUGAAAAUACAGAGGACUAUCCAUGUUUGAAUCAGCACCUGUUGCAUAAGCAGAAUAUGGCGUGCUUGUUAGUGGUUGCUUUGGCGGAGAAUAACCUGGAGGAGAGGAUGCUAUGGGCAGGGUCUGACACAGGGACUCGCGUGGAAAGAGAAACCUACAAAAAAUAUAUUGUUUGGGCACUCAAGGUUUUUGACAUCAAUGAAGAAGAAUACACUGAAAAUAUGAUGAAACCUUUUUUAUCCCAAUUGGCGGGAUGCUGUCUCCAUCAUGAAGCGGGCUCAUAUAGAAUAAGAAAUCAUGAAGUAGCAAUAAAGCUAAGAGAAAUACUGCUACGUGAUGUGAGGCAGUUGGUUGAAAGGAUGGAUCUCGAAUUCAUAUUUCGUUAUGUGACAUCUAGCGGGGAUCCAACCGAAGAGGAACAACUAGAUGUGCCUUUUAAAAUCGAAUUGAAACAUGAUGAUCUGCAUAUUGUAGCGAAGCGGUUUGCUACAGCUGUAAUUGGCAGAACGUUUGCCUUUGUGUGCAUGCAUUCCCUAUUACAGGUAGAGACAUUUGUUGAUAUGGUUUGGGAGAAUCUCUUGCAUAAUCUGAACAAGGACAAAUCUGAACUGUUGAAAGUAUUGUCAAAAAAUGACAUUAUAUAUGGAUAUUCCUUUCUUUUUUGGGCGAGCAUCACAGAAAACUCGAAUUUGCUGAAGAAAGCAUUGAACAGUGUUCAGUUUAAGGUAAAGGACAGACAGGAAGCUUUGUUUGGAAGUUGCUUUGGGAAUAGUUUGGCCAACUUCGAUAACUUGUGUUCCAAAAAUAACUGGAAGUUGGAUACGUUGUGUAUGACGCUACCCGAACUCCCAAGACCUCUUAUCAUCAAACUGCAGUUGGCAGUUGUAGAUGAUCUGAGAGUAAAGUUUGGUAAAUGUUCACUUUUGGACAUUGCCUGUAUGGGUGGGUUGUUUGCAAUGGCUUCCAGAUUGUCACAUUUGAUGAAGACGAGCCAGAACAAGUAUAGGUCAAGAAAGAAUACAUAUGUACAUUAUGCAGCCAUGUGUCAAAAGGGCAAAGAUAUCAUGGAUAUAUUUAUAAAGAAGGGACAGCGUAGCAUCAAUAUCAUAGGUCCUGAAGGAUCAACACCUUUCCAUUACUCAUGUGCAGUUGGAAAUGUUAGCAUUGUAAGUUACCUGUUACAGGAAGUAGUAUACAUUGACAUGCCAAACAAGAAGGGUGAAACUGGACUUCAUUUGGCAUGUAUAUAUGGGAAUACAGAAGUUGUUAAAAUGUUAUUACAGAACAAGGGAAUAAGUCAUGUGACAGACAAUUAUGGCGGCACACCUCUACAUGAUGAAGCCUGGCAAGGACAUAGGGCGAUUAUGGAGGUGUCAGUACAGAACAAGGCAAAUGUGGAUGAGAAAGAUAAGGAAGGCUGCACACCUCUACAACGUGCAUCCUACCAGGGACAUAGGGAGGUUGUGGGGGUGUUAUUACAGAACAAGGCAAAUGUGGAUGAGAAAGAUAAGGAAGGCUGCACACCUCUACAUAAUGCAUCCUACCAGGGACAUAGGGAUGUUGUGGAGGUGUUAUUACAGAACAAGGCAAAUGUGGAUGAGAAACUUAAUGAUGGCAGGACACCUCAGCAUGUUGCAGCCUGGCAGGGACAUAGGGAGGUUGUUGAGGUGUUGUUACAGAACAAGGCAAAUGUGCAUGAGAAAGAUAAGGAAGGCUGCACAUCUCUACAUAAGGCAGCCUACCAGGGACAUAGGGAGGUUGUGGAGGUGUUAUUACAGAACAAGGCAAAUGUGGAUGAGAAACGUGAUGAUGGCCGCACACCUCUACAUCUUGCAGCCUUCCAGGGACAUAAGGGGGUUAUGGAGGUGUUAUUUCAGAACAAGGCAAAUGUGGAUGAGAAAGAUAAGGAAGGCCGCACAUCUCUACAUCGUGCAUCCUACCAGGGACAUAGGGAGGUUGUGGAGGUGUUAUUACAGAACAAGGCAAAUGUGGAUGAGAAAGAUAGGGAGGUUGUGGUGGUGUUAUUACAGAACAAGGCAAAUGUGGAUGAGAAACGUGAUGAUGGCAGCACACCUCUUCAUCUUGCAGCCUUCCAGGGACAUAGGGGGGUUAUGGAGGUGUUAUUUCAGAACAAGGCAAAUGUGGAUGAGAAAGAUAAGGAAGGCUGCACAACUCUACAUCGUGCAUCCUACCAGGGACAUAGGGGGAUUGUGGGGGUGUUAUUACAGAACAAGGCAAAUGUGGAUGAGAAAGAUAAGGAAGGCCGCACACCUCUACAUGAUGCAGCCGACCAGGGACAGAGGGAGGUUGUGGAGGUGUUAUUACAGAACAAGGCAAAUGUGGAUGAGAAACGUGAUGAUGGCAGCACACCUCUACAUCUUGCAGCCUUCCAGGGACAUAGGGGGGCUGUGGAGGUGUUAUUACAGAACAAGGCAAAUGUGCAUGAGAAACGUCAAGAUGGCAGCACACCUCUACAUCUUGCAGCCUUACAGGGACAUAGGGAGGUUGUGGAGGUGUUAUUACAGAACAAGGCAAAUGUGCAUGAGAAACGUCAAGAUGGCAGCACACAUCUACAUGAGGCAGCCUACCAGGGACAUAGGGAUGUUGUGGAGGUGUUAUUACAGAACAAGGCAAAUGUGCACGAGAAACGUAAUGAUGGCAACACACCUCUACAUCAUGCAGCCUUCCAGGGACAUAGGGAUGUUGUGGAGGUGUUAAUACAGAACAAGGCAAAUGUGCAUGAGAAACGUAAUGAUGGCAACACACCUCUACAUCUUGCAGCCUUGCAGGGACACAGGGAUGUUGUGGAGGUGUUAUUACAGAACAAGGCAAAUGUGCAUGAGAAACGUAAUGAUGGCAAAACACCUCUACAUGAGGCAGCCUACCAGGGACAUAGGGAGGUUGUGGAGGUGUUAUUACAGAACAAGGCAAAUGUGCAUGAGAAACGUCAAGAUGGCAGCACACCUCUACAUGAGGCAGCCGACCAGGGACAUAGGGAGCACACCUCUACAUGA